AUGUCAGAUUUAUUAAAGUACAAGCCUAUGAUUGACGCUAUUAUAGUAGCUUCUAAUCCUGAUGAAGUUAGUCCAAAAAAGAUUAGGAAGGCUAUUCAAGAGCUGUUUGCCAUUGAUUUGGAUGGGAAGCGUAAGGAGAUCAACGAGUUGAUUGUUGAUAGGUUUUAUGAGCUUCAGAGUAAUCCUAAAGUUCUUAUAUCAAAGGAUGAAUUGAGAAAGAAGGAUGAGACUAUAGCUAAAAACUUACAAAAGGGAGCUAAUGGAACCACCACGGUUUCAAAGAAAAGGACUAUCAAGAAGAGUUCUAAAGGUAAAGACGAGACUAAGAAGAAGAAGAGACGUCAAACUGAAGCCAAUCCUAAUAGUAUUAAUGUUCGUAAAGUUCUUUUAAGUCCAAAAUUGCAAGAAUUUUUAGGUGAAACAGAACUUCCUAGGACACAGGUAGUUAAAAAGGUUUGGGAUUACAUCAAAGAACAUGAUUUACAGAACCCUGACGAUCGUAGAGAGAUCCUGUGUGAUGAGAAGAUGCAACCUAUCUUUGGUAAAAAAAUGACAAUGUUCUCAUUAAAUAAGAUAUUGGCAAACCAUCUGUUUAAUAAGGAUGAAGUAGUAGGGAAUGGGGAAGCUAAAGUGAAAAAAGUAAAGGAAGAGAGUCAAAAAGCAGUUGAAGAUAAAGUUGAUGAUGAUGAAAUACAUGAAGAAGAUGAUGAUAUACAGAAUGAAGGAAAUGAUGAAGAAGAGGAUGAACAGGGGGCAGCUGAGGAGGAAGAAAGUGAAGAAGAUUAA